AUGCUCAUGUGGACCGACCAAGCCGUUCAAAUAUUGUUAGAUGGUUUGCAGAAUCACGAGUGUUUAUGGAAUUUGAAAAGUAAAGACUACAAGGAUAGAGGAAUGAAAAAGAUUGCCCUCGGUGACUUGUUGGAAAGUUUGAAAAAAGAGAUAUUGGACUUUGAGUCACAGGGUACUGGAUCUGGGGCGGCUGAUAUUUAUACGCCAAAAUGGAAAUUUUUUAAUUCCUGCAGUUUUCUCGAAGGAGUUGUUGCAGUGGAAUCUGGUGCUACUGUAUCAAAUCUUACACCUUUGCAAAAUAAUGAAGAUGACAAUGAUGGUGAGGGAGAAAAUUCCAGGGAUCUAGAUCGUACACCUACACCUGAAACACCAAAGCUACCACACAUCCAAUCAAAGCGUCGAAAGAGAGAAUCAACACCAGUAUCCACAACUCACACAUGGAUGGAUACAGCUAGUCAUGCCCUGAAGACUCUGGCUGACAGUGCUAAAGAAACAACAGAUGAAUGGGACGAUUUUGCCAAAGAUGUGGCAAAUACUUUGAGAGGGAUUCCCAACAAGUCGACGCAGCGAAGAACUAAGUUUGCCAUACAGAAAGUCUUGUUUGAUGCCGGGGAGAGUGAUGACCAUUUUAUCGCCCCACAACAAUCAGCACAACCACAAACCCAGUGGGUUGCACCCAAUUACAAUCUGAACAACACCGGAAGAUAUAUGCAUAGAUCUCCAGUCAAAUACAUGCAAAUUGGAGGAGCAUGGCCAAAUGGAUAUUAA